AUACCACUCGGACGGGUAGCCCGAAUUGCAAUUGUGAUGUCGACGAGAUAGCAGGCAGCGAACGAAAAAUCCCAUCCCAACUCCACGGGGGAACACGAGCUUUGGAGUCGAAACGUGCGCAUUUUGGUGUGUGCGUGUGUGUGUGUUUGUUUAAUUUUUGUACGUGCGUGCGUCCGUGCGUGCCACUUCUGUACAGCGUGUUGUUGCGAUCGCGUUUGCUGUUCGUGCGAGUGCGUUGUCAGAGCCUGUUGGUGUGAGUGACCUUUGACCUGUCUUCAAAGGAGCAAAGGAAAACAUCGGCAACGGUUAAAGUGCUACCAUUGUUGUUGUUUUAUUUUGUUUUAUGUGCCCAAAAGCCACCUAACAGCAAACAAACAAGAAAACCCGUCACUUUCGUACCUUUCCGUCCCGAGAUCAGCCCCGUAGGAUCAUCGUUCCCUACCCAGCAUCCGUCACUCACGUUGCUAACGAGAAUAGGCUCUUGAAUACGAUUUCGAUCCAAUUGAAGAUUGUGCAUUCCAACACACAGGUUAAAUUUACACCCAUUGUUUAUCAGACGAAAACCCCGAAUCUAAUCGUCUUUGCUCAAGGGAAACAAAACUAUUCCAACAAGGUAAUCAGUGCCCAAAGCUAAACAGCGAAAGAAACGAUCCAGUGAACAGUAACUGCGAAGAGUUAGUGAAAUGUGCUUUAAAUAGUGAAAUUACGGUAAAUAUGUGAACCACACAGUACAGCUUGAGUUGAGAGAAGAAGAAAAAAAGCAGCGCUAAGUGUUGUUUCUUCCCGUCACAAUUCAUCACGCAACGGCUCUUAAGUGACUUUAUCGCCCAGUGACAGCUGUCAAAUAAACACUAACGGUUUGAAUGUGUACUAAGGAAAGGUUUGGAUGCUGGAUUGAUUUUAUUUUCAUUUUCAACAAAAACUGCUCGAAAAGCGCUAAACCGCACCGACGGUGCAGUUACGGGAUUUGGAAUCCUUGCGUCGUGUUCGAGCCACUGCUAGAUCUUUUCACUGCACAAAGAUGCGAUCUACCUUUGUCGGUAUGAACUUCAUCCUGAUCGUAGCGGUAGUUGUGCUGUUGCUGCUGAACGAAAGUAAAGCCACCUCCACACCGAACAGCGAUGCCUUGAUCGGUCAGUUAACACGCUCACGUUAUUGCGGCCGUCGUCUUACGGAAACACUAGCCUUCCUCUGCCAGGGACGAUAUCCGAUGCUAACGCACUACAGAACUGAUUACGAUCAGCAAAACCAGCGGGUAAAGGUGGAAGUAGCCACGCUGCCCGACACACUGCCACCGGGCUUCCCCUACCCUGGAGCUGGUGUGCAUCGGCGUAGUCGGCGCAGUUCCGGCGGUAUCUACGAUGAGUGCUGCAAGAAGAGCUGCUCCUACCUUGAGCUGCGUGCGUAUUGUGAUUGAGCGGUGCGGAGUGAUCAUCAUCCACACCGCCCGUACUAGCCGUGACGACGAGUAGUUUCGGGAUGCAGAUGGAACCAGCAAAAAAAAAACAAAAAAAGAGAAACAAAAACCCCUCGAACAGUCGACGGUGCAUUUACCAGGCUGGGGCUGUUCAUUAUCAAUUGCUUGCGUAUUAUUCUAUCCAGUUUACUUUUUUUUUGUUUUGCUAAUUUUACUCGCACUAUUAUUACUAUUUACAACGAUUUUUUUUUUUUUGAUAGCUCAUUGCAAAUAGUUCCACAAAACUGUUUGUACUACAUUACUUCCUACACAUGAAAUUUAUUUGUGGCGCGCAUGUCGCGAAGAAACUGGAGACCGUUUGGGCAUCUCAAGCGUCUCGUGCUUUUUUAUGUUUUGUGCAUUACUAUGAUAGUUUACGUACCUUCUACUUGUCCGCCGUUGUUGCUCUGCCGUUUUUUCCAAUCCUUCCAAUAUUCAACAGCGGUUAGUGGUUGAUUAGUAACGUUUCCUUGCUUUUAUACAAUCAAAUACACUACACCAUCUAGCUCUAUUACUGUGUCUGUGGAAGAAUAUGUAAACUCUUGUUUUUUUUAAAGCUUCCUAUUUUUUUUAUAUAUACACAUGUAUACACAUUACAAGUUACGAUAAUAUAGCGCUUCUGUGUUACGAACGGAAACGGUGAGACGGAAUUUCGGUCAACAAUCAGAUGUGAGAUGAAGCUGAUGCGCAACAAUUAGCCAUAAUAAGCUCGCUUUGUAGAAUCCCCCCUUUGUGGGGAGAUCUACUAAAAUAUGCAAUUCGUAAACUGCUGAUACUCUGGUGCCGAAUUCCGUACCGCUACGAUUCGAUUCGAUAGUAUAUGUAUAUUAAGAACACGGUCAAAAAAGGUGUGAGAUGAUGAAGAAGGUGUAUACACGGUGAAGUUUUGUUUAUUCUGCUCAUACACACACUGUGUGGUAACUUAUUCGCUAGCACUCGCUGGUGGCCGGUUCGCUGGUGACGGUAAGGAAUGAGAUCGAAGGUGUGCUUGGUGUGUCAACGGGUUUGCUCACACUCUGGUCCACGAUGACAAAAUAAUGAACAAGAGUUUAGUCGGAAAUGUCGGAAAUUUUUAGCAAAUUGUACUAGAUAAUUUGACUAGUUGUGAAGAUAUUCGAAGUGGAGCUUGAGUAGUUAGAGAGUUCGAUCGUACUAGCUGCAAAUGGACGCGAAAUGGAGAAGAGAAGAUAUAUUAUUUUUACAGUCAAGUGUUGGACAUGCAGGACCCCUCGUAUGGUGUACACCUUCGCUCCACACUCUCUCUCUCUCCCCCCAUUUGUGUCCCUGUGUCCUCUGAACGAAUGUGAUCGUAUAUGCCUGUUAUAGGCUCUGUCCUCUGUCUAUCAACUAGGUUAAGCCGCGUACGUGGUAUUAGAUUUAAUUAAAGUCAACGUCAACCAUUAAUGAACGACAGUAAAAACUG